AUCAAAGCAGGUCGGUUGAUACACGGCCAAAUAUACUAUUUGUUUGGGUAAUGUAUAAAUACAAUCGUCGGAGUGUCUGCUUUAGAAAGUGAUUAAAAAAGUAGUUGACACGUCACGCCGCAGGACUUGGUGGUGGCUGUGACAUGUUUUCAGCUACUUUGGGAUUUUUAUAGGGGUCACAUAGGCUACAGCGGUGCAGAGUGCUAGAUCUAGACAAGAGUCUGCGGUCCAACUUUCCAAACCGAGGGAAAUACCGCCCAAAAGAUGCCUGUUCGGCGGGGACACGUGGCUCCUCAGAACACUUUUCUGGAUACAAUCAUCCGAAAAUUCGAAGGACAGAAUCGCAAGUUCAUCAUCGCCAAUGCUCGCGUGGAGAACUGCGCCAUCAUCUUCUGUAACGACGCCUUCUGUGGCAUGUGCGGGUACACGCGCGCUGAGGUCAUGCAGAAGCCGUGCACCUGCAGCUUCCUGUACGGGCCGCACACCAAGAGGCCUGCCGUGGCCCAAAUGGCCAAGGCUCUGCUGGGCUCCGAGGAGAGGAAGGUGGAGAUGUCCCUCUACGCCAAAGAUGGUAUGUGUUUCUCCUGUAAAAUUGAUGUGGUGCCAGUGAAGAAUGAGGAUGGCUUGGUGAUCAUGUUCAUCCUCAACUUUGAGCUGCCCACUGAUCCACCUAUUCCCAGCUCCCCGACCAGAGACCUCAACAAGCUGCCUAUCCCCUGGCUUCCCCUAGCACGUCGGCAUAGGUUCCGCCUGCCCUCCGCUCUGCUUCGCUCCCUCAGCAGCAGUAAACAUUCCCUGGAGGAUGACACCGAGCUGGGCCACCAGCGGGACCUCUCUGCCCUGGGGCAUGAGUCUGUAGCCCUGGACAAGCUGCUGUCCCUGCCAGAGCGCCGGCGGCUGGGGGGCACCGGGGUACUACUCUGGGACGAGGACCAGAGGGCCUUGCUGGGAGGUGACCCAGUUUCUCCCACUGGGGACCCCUCGGAUGCCCCUCAAGCCCUGUCCCUGGCCAUGGGCUUCUCCCAGUCUUCCCCCAGGCUGCACUGCCUCUGGGUGGACGAGGAGUGUGGCUCCAACUGCAGCGUGAUGCCCAGCCGCUCCUAUGAGAGCCUCUGCAGCCCGCUGCACGCCUCAUCUGUGGACGGCAUCAAGACUCGCAGGGGACAGUCCAGCUGGCACGGGAAGCUCCAGACGCGGCCCAGCAGCACAGGCGGAAUGAAGUCCAGUCUGCGUAAUGUUACAUCUGACUCCACGUCUGACCCCAACCUCACCCGCUUCCGGACCUUAAGUCACGUGACCCAGCUCAACCCACUGGACAACAGGCCAGACCCCCUGGUGGCCCUCCCGUCUGCGGAGAUUGACAUCAUCGCCCCCUGUAAACUAAUGGAGCGCACACACGGGGUCACUGAGAAAGUCACUCAGAGAAUCACAGGGAGAGCCUGUGAGUGUGAGCUCUCCCAGGGGGAGGGGCCGGGGGUGUGA